GUCCUGCUACAACUGUGAUAUUGAAUUUUCUAUUAAUUUAUAUGCAGUUGAUAUCCAAUUUCAUAUAUAAAUGCAGUACAUGGAUGAUGUUUUCGAAAACAAACCGUUAUACCAUAAUUAUCAGGCGAACCCGGGAAAAUCGCUCCAAGAAUGAAGUUGGCUGGUUUGGUUUUUGUCCUUAGUAUUGUUAUGUGUGUAACGGACUUGGCACAUUCAGAGGACUGGUCUCACUUUUAUCUGAGGGCAGCUUGCAAAUUGAUGGAAAGUCGAGAUUUUAAGACUGGCAACUCAAUAGGAAAAGAGAAGGUGAUAGCGUUUCAAGCAAGAGUUUCUUCGAGACUUCAAAAUGUCCCCAAGGGGCGGACAGUGCGCUUCGACACAGUGCUGUUAAACGAAGGAAACGGAUACAGUGGAAGAACGGGACAAUUCACUGCACCAACCAAAGGUGUUUAUGUCUUUGAUUGGACUAUAACUGUAGAUAAUGGCGAUAUGUUUUUCACGGAAAUUGUCAAAAACGGCUCUGCUUUCGGAUAUAACCACUGUGCUGCUAAACGCCAAAGCUACGAGCGCAAUUGCUCCACCACCAGCAGGAUAAGGUUAAAGCGAGGGGACAAAGUGUGGGUCAGGACGACUAGUCGGGGCACCGACGCCCACCCCACAUGGACGACGUUCGGUGGUCAUAAAUUAUGAAGUCUGUUGUUUCAGUUUUGCAGUUGAUGCUACUGUAAAGAAUAAGAUGGAAUUUAAUUGAAAAGUACUAGUAUAAAUGAACUAUUAUUGAUAUGAUUAACAAUACGAUCAUGUAUCUUUAGUUUAAAAAAAUACCAUAUUUGUAUAUAAUGAAAAUCAAAAAUAAAUAAUUAAACGCAACAAUUGAAAAUUAUUAUAU